AUGAAACAAAAAGAUGCGGAAUUAGAAAAAUUUAAAAGAGUCAAAGCUAUUAUCGAUGGUUCAGCUAAACCUUAUAUUCCAAAAACAUCAACUGGAUCAAAAAAAACCAAUUCUAUGAUGAAAUCAUUCGGAAAAAAGAAUAAUAAAAAAAAUCAAGAUGAUGAUAUUCAAGAUAAAUAUUCAAAAUAUUUAGACGAUGAGGAUCAAGAUGAUGGUCAAGAAGAAUUGGACUCUUAUAAAUUACCAAGAAGAUUUGAUGAUGAAGAAAUUGAGGAGGAUGAAGCUUUCGAUGAAGAUGAUGAAGAAACAUCAGGUUUAAAAAAAAAAGACAGAAAAGAUUUUGAAGAUGAAUAUGGAAAUGAUGAUUUUGUAGAUCUUUCUGAACUUUUAGAUGAUGAUACUCCAGCAACUCCAGCAACCAAACCAGUUCAAGCACAAUCAAAGAAAUCACAAAAUACCAAACCAGUUGUUCAAGAUAGUGAUGAAGAAGACGAUGAGGAAGAUGAAGAAGGAGAUUCAGAUGAUGAUUCAGAAGAUUUAGAAUUUAGCGAAAAUGAAUUUGACGAUGAAGCCCCAUCAGAAGAAGACGAUAAUGUAGAAGAUGGAGUUAAUUCAAAUUUAUUAUCAAUUGUUAAGAAUUUAGAAAAAAAUCAACCAAGAAAAUCAACCAAGAAAUUAGCAGAUAUGACAGAAUCAGUCGGUAGUGAAUCAUUAUUUGGUAUGUUCCCAACAGCAGAUGAAAAUGGUACAAUCGAUAUUAACGAUUUGAUGAGUUUUAUGCCAAAUGAAUUCGAACAAUUCAAACAACAAAUCGAGGACAUCGCCGAUAAGAGUGCAAUUUCAGCUCCAUUAUCCAAAUUUGAAAAAGAUAAAAUUCAAAGAAGAAUUACAACAGAACAAGCUCACAAAAUUCUUACACAAUGGGUACCAUUCGUUAGAGAACAAAGAGAUAAGAAUUUAAAGUUCGAUUCAAAAGUUGUUGUCGCCAAUACCUCUCAAUCACUUGCCAAUAGUUUCCAAAAAUCAGAUUUAAAUGAUGAAAUCAAUAGAGCUCUUCAAGAAAGUGGUGCUGUUCAAAAAUUAAAACAAGAAGUUGAUCCAAUCGAAGCCAAAAGACAACUUAGAGAAACUAUUAAAUUACGUAACAUCAUGUACUAUCAAGAAUUAAAGGAUAAGAGAAGAAAGAAGAUCAAGAGUAAGAAAUAUAGAAAGAUUUUAAAGAAAGAAAAAGAAAGGGAAGCAAAGAAAUUAGAAGAUAGAUUAAAAGAGCUUGAUCCAGAUUUUGCUAAAAAGCUCGCUGAAAAGGCUGAAGAAAAACGUAUCCUCGAACGAAUGACAAUGAAACACAAAAACCAUAGCAAAUUCAUGGGCCAACUUAUCAAGGGUGGUUUGAAUAAAGAAAAAAGACAAGAUAUGAAUGAACAACGUAAAUUAGCCGAUGAAAUUAUGGCCAAAGCAAAUAGAUUUAACGAUAGUGAAGACGAAGAUGACAGUGACGAUAGUGAAGAGUAUGAUAGUGAAGAUGAACAAGAAACCAACAGCAAAUCAAAAGGUAGCAAAAUUGAUUUAUCAGAGGUUGAUCAACAAGCAUUAUCCGACAAAGAAAGAAUUCAAUUGAAAUUACAAAAAUUAGGUAAACCAACCAAUCUCCCAGAAAAAGGUAUUAAUGCAAUGAAAUUCAUGCAAAAAGCAUUAGAAAGAGAUUUAGAUGACUCAAUAAAGAAAAUGAAUGGUGUUGAUGAUUAUGAACAAAAUGAAAUUGAUGAACAAGAAAAACUAAUUGAACAAUCAAAUAGAAUUGCUAUUCAUAAACAAGUUGCAUCCAAUAAACAAUCAUCCAAUAAAAUUAUGUCAACUGGUCAAUUAGUCGAAAAAGCAGGUUUUGGCAGCGGUCACAAAGUUAAAUCUGGUGUAUCAAUUGAUAUUUUAGGUAAACAACAACAACAACAAGACGAAGAAAUUAAAAAAGUUAAUAAUAAAAAACAACAAGAAAAUCAAGAAGAAGAGGAACAAGUCGAAGAAGAGUUAGAUGAAGAGAAUCCAUGGUUAGAAGUUACCAAGACUAAAAAGAAGAGUAAAAAAGAAAAGAAGAAACAAUCAACUGAAUUUUUAAUUAGUUUAAAUAAUUUAAAUAAUAAUAGUAGUAAUAAAAAUUUAGGUUCAAAUAAUUCAAAAGAAAAAGUUAAAAAUGGUGAUUUACCAAUUUCAAUGGAUACAACUGAAAAAGAUAAUAGUAAUAAUAACAACAGUAGCAAUAAAAGAAAACUUGAAGAUAAAGAAGAUAAUGAAAAUAAAAAAUCAAAGAAAUCAGUUGGUAUGAGUUUAAUUACAUCAAAUAAACAAAAAGAUUUACUUUUAGAAGCAUUUGCUCAAGAUAAUAUAGAGGAUGAGUUUAUGGAUGAAAAGAAACAAAUUUUAGAAGAGGAUGUACCAGAAGAAAAAUCAAACUUCCUUCCAGGUUGGGGUUCAUGGGUUGGUGAUGGUGCUAAACAACGUGACAAUUCAAAGAGAGAUGCUGCAUUAAAAAGAAAACGUCAAGAAAAACUUAAAGAAGCUGCUAAAAGAAGACUCGAUGCUCAAAAUAGUAGAGUUAUUAUUGAUGAAAAAGCUCCAUUAGAAGGCGCUUCAAAAUAUAUUUUAAAUAAACUUCCACAACACUACUCUAAUAAAGAACAAUAUGAAAGCACUUUAUCAAUUGCCCAUGGUAAAGAUUGGAAUUCAACAACUGCUUUUAGAAAAUUAAUUGAACCAAAGGUCUCCGUAUUACCAGGUACAUUUAUUAAUCCAGUUUCAAAUAAAGAUAAACAAGAGUUCAUCAUGAAAAAGAAAGAAGAAAAAAACAAAAAAUCUAAAAAAUAA